UGAGUGUGUGUGCGUGCCACACGCCGGUUAUGAGAUGGUAAAAAGAGCAGAAAAAGUGGAAGAGGGCACGUGGAGGAAGAAGAAACAUCCAUGGAUGACAAAUUCUCACAACACUGCAUAAGAGCUAAACACGUGUCCAUACCAAAUAAAUUUACAUAACAUAAAGAGAGAGAGAAGUGAAUUGUUGAGAGAAAAUGGGGGAAAGGAACAGGAAGGGUGGAAUUAGUGAGAGGGGAGUGCCAUUACUGAGAUCAGUAGAUGAUGCAGAGUUGGAGAGCGGAACAAGAGGGAAGAAUGGGAGACCCAAAGAGCCAUGGAAAGGAGAGGUAGUAAAGAGCAUUGUGUAUGCAGGUCUUGAUGCCAUUGUCACUUCUUUCUCCCUCAUUUCUUCCAUCUCUGCUGGUCAUCUUUCCUCUGUUGAUGUUUUAGUGUUGGGUUUCGCCAAUCUAGUCGCUGAUGGAAUAUCUAUGGGGUUUGGGGACUAUGUCUCAAGCAGCACGGAGAAGGAUGUCGCUGCCAAGGAGAGGACAGUCACCGAGUGGGAUGUCCUUAACCAUCACAGGCCUCAGAAGCAGGAAUUACUUCGACAUUAUCAGGAACUUGGAAUGAAUGAUACUGAUGCUAAUACAGUCGUGAACAUAUUUGCCAAGUAUAGGGACAUCAUGAUAGACGAAAAGAUGGCGACAGAGAAAGGAUUAUUGCCACCGGAUCAAGCUGACAAGCCAUGGAAGAAUGGGCUGAUCACAUUUGCAGCCUUCAUCUUGUUCGGUUGUGCCCCACUUCUGGCAUUCAUCGUGCUCAUCCCGUUCACAAACAAUGACACACACAAGUUCAUAGGUGCCUGUGUGUUUUCUGCAGUUGCCCUUGCGCUGCUGGGGAUAGCUAAGGCCAAGAUCGCUGGUCAGAAUUAUGCACUUUCUGCAGGCAUCACCCUUUUCAAUGGACUCAUUGCUGGAGCUGCUGCAUAUGGUAUUGGCUGGACACUUAGGAAUGUUGCUGGCUUGGAAGAGUGAUCGCUCACUCUAUUGCGUUAUAAAACUGUUUUUCCUGUUAAAGCAAGCUAAGAGUCACAGAAAGAGAGAGCACUUGGUGAUUUCCUAGUUUUAACCAUUUUUGUGACAAAAAAUCGUUUUCUGAAUGAUCCUGAAAUAUUGCUGUCCUAACUAUAUGUAGUGAGUUGACUAAUGUACCUUUAUGGUAAAGGAUCUAAUGUCCUGCUUAUGACUAUAUUUGUUGUAUAGAUCCUUCAUUUGGCA